UUUCCCCCCUUUUAUUAUACCAUAAAAACACACACUCCCUUCGUCAGUCCACACAAAAAUCUCCUUCAUCUCUUUCUUCCUCUCUAAUUUUCGGAAACCUUAAUGGAUUCCUCAAAUGGCGGACUCGAAACACCAACACUAGAAAAAGAAACCCCGGGAAUACUCCAACGCGUAUCCGAAGAAGGUGGUGGGUACGCGUUCGCACGUAUGGCGGCGGCAGCACGUGAGGGGGAUGUACGUGCAGCCGAGAUAGCACGUGAAAUGGCAUGGGAGCAACUACACAGUGGGCCAUGGAACUCUGUUCUGCCAAUCUGGAGGGAUGCGUAUUCAAUGGCGUGCUUACACGUGGCGAAACAUCAUUUCGCCGGCGGUGAUUUGGAGGAGACGUUAAAAGUUUUGGAUUUAGGGUUAAUAAUGGGUGGGUCAUUGUUGAGGGUUGAUAUUGAAAAUGGGGUUGAUAAAGUUAUGGCGGUUUUGGAGCAGAGACAAAACAUGGUUAUUAAUAAGGCUAAGGUUGAAGAUGGUGGUGGGUUAUUAUUUUCUUCUGGUGAAUUAAACGAAAUUGAGGUUCUCCGGUUAUUGCCACCAAAAUCACUUUCUUCGAAGCAUGUUUUCAGACGCUCUGGGUUAUCUUUAGAGGGUUUCCUUCGGGACUAUUAUCUAUUGGGUUUGCCUGUUAUAAUCAGCAAUUCAAUGGCUCAUUGGCCUGCUAGAGCUAGGUGGAACAACCUAGAUUAUUUGAAAAGGGUUGCUGGUGGUCGGACAGUUCUUGUCGAGGUCGGGAAAAAUUACCUUUGUUCCGAGUGGAAGCAAGAGCUUAUAACAUUCUCUCAGUUUCUCGAACGAAUUCAGUCGAGUAACACAUCUGCAGUUCUGACAUACCUUGCGCAACAUCCGUUGUUUGACCAGAUAAAGGAGCUGCGGAAGGACAUUCUUGUUCCAGACUAUUGUUACGCUGGUGGCGGGGAAUUAAGGUCGAUUAAUGCUUGGUUUGGUCCUGCUGGGACUAUAACACCUUUGCACCAUGAUCCUCACCAUAAUAUAUAUGCUCAGGUUGUUGGUAAGAAGUAUGUAAGACUAUAUCCAGCAUCAUUGUCUGAGGAACUUUAUCCGCAUUCUGAAACCAUGCUCAGCAACUCCAGUCAGGUUGAUUUAGACGACAUCGAUGACAAUUUAUUCCCAAGAGCGAAGGAUCUGGAAUUCAUGGACUGCAUUUUAGACGAAGGAGAAAUGUUAUAUAUUCCACCUAAGUGGUGGCACUACGUACGAUCUCUCACACCGAGCUUGUCGGUCAGUUUUUGGAUGAACAACUCCGAAGGUUCGUCCUCAACUAAUGAAGUAUUACAAUAGUGUACUAGCAUACUUUUUUGGAGAGGAUUAUUGUCAAAUUGAGAAAUCUAGCAUGUUAAACCGAUUUUCCGACAAUGUAUAUCAUUUUGAUGUAUAUAAACAUUCAAAUGAUGUAUUAUUGAAUGAGCAAGAUAUUUAGCCAGUUUAUGUAAGACUCAUCCUCAACUUAUGAGAAAAUGUGUUUGUAUGAU